GCAGCACCAAGCCACCUGUUCACGACAAUACCCAACAGGCAGCCCUUCCUUUGUCAAUUCUUCCGCCACGCUCUGAAUUACUUCUCUGCAAUAUCCUCCACGCAUCUGCCACCCCAGAAUAUCUCUUCUGCGCGCAACUCCAACCAAUCCCCAUUCGCAUCAACCACUCUCAAAAGCCUCCCCCCUCCCCCAGAGCCCCUCCACGCCCAGCAUGCUUUCCGCCCUCCAAAACCCACGGCAAGCAGCCGCCCAAAUUCUCAACUUCGGCCUGAUUCUUUCUACCGCCUUCAUGAUGUGGAAAGGCUUGUCUGUAAUCGCCGACUCGCCCUCACCCAUUGUCGUCGUCCUUUCUGGGUCCAUGGAGCCAGCCUUCCAACGAGGAGAUCUGUUGUUUUUAUGGAAUAGGAAUUGGUUUGAGGAGACGAAGGUGGGAGAGAUCGUGGUGUAUAAUGUGAAGGGGAAGGAUAUCCCGAUUGUGCAUCGGGUUGUGAGGAAGUUUGGGGUUGGGGACGAAGCAAAGCUCUUGACGAAGGGAGACAACAAUGUUGCAGACGACACAGAGCUCUACGCACGAGGACAAGAUUACCUAGAGCGGAAAGACAUCAUUGGCAGCGUCGUAGCAUACAUCCCAUUUGUCGGAUACGUUACAAUUCUCCUGAGCGAACAUCCGUGGUUAAAAACGGUCAUGCUGGGGAUAAUGGGCUUGGUGGUUGUCUUACAAAGGGAAUAGCGAAAUCGAAAUUGCAGUGGCGUUUGAGGAUACCCGGGAAUUGUAUGAUAGACCACAAGUCGAUGAAUGCCUAUGGGAGACUGCAUGGCGGGCUCUUGGAAGCCUAUUUGCAGCAUAGGUGCUGGCCGAAGCGUAUCGAGAGCUUCAAGCCACAGACGUACGGCUGGAGCUGAAGGGUCCUAGCCCAGCUGUCUCACCUUCCACUGUUGGCAGCCCACAAACGAAUAUCGUCUUCCAAAUAUUCCUCGCAGUCUUCCUGAGCAUCCACUGCAAAAGAUUUCAUGCUUUCACCUGAUUCCAAAUCUGC